CAAGCUCGCGUUCUUAUGUGGGCGUCAAAUAGUCAGUCUGUUCUGCGGCCUUAUUAUGUAUUUCAGUGUACCAUUCAAACAAUGAGUCACUACAUCGAUUAUCGUCGUAUUUUCGUUUUUGUAAUCAUCUAACAUAGUUUUUGUAAUCAUCUAACAUAUAUUACCUUGCUUGAGUGUGUAGGGUGAUUUUGAUGAACGGAUUUUGACGAAAUUUACAUAUGUAAAGUGAGGAAACAGGGUUCCAUGCACACUUUUUUGAUGCACUCUACACUGAGUGUCACCAUUCUUUUUCCACACACCACGCAAACGCGGCGCGAUUGUUUACUCAAGCGGUGACUCAACUCUAUUCUCUGUUGUUAGACUAUUUGGGGCGGAAACGGACGUCGCGAAAGAAGUGAAUUUAUUAAAUUAGUUCAAAAAUCUCGGUGAUUCAUAGAAGAUGAUUGACUGGCAUGUGUGCAGUAAAACCGGGUGUACAAAGUACGUCACCAGAAUAAUCGCAAAAAGGGCGUACAGCUCAUCUACCGUUGUAUCCACCCAACGGCAGAUGCGGCUUCUGGGACGGAGGCUGUUGUCCUCGAAUUUUUGGGAUGCCACCUGCUAUGCAUAUUUGUUUGUCUCUGACGCUAUAUGCUCCAUGAUCGGCCGAUCCCAUAUUUGACCAAAGAUCGUGUUUGGGUCGGCCGAUGGAGCAGUAGGCCCUACAUUGACUUGUGUGAAAAUUUCGCGCCUCAAUUCCGGAGGAAUCUGAGGGCUGCGAAAUUCUCUCCACUGAAAAUCGUUAACGUCGCUGGGUCGCACGGCGCAAGGGCGAUGAGUCCAAGGCGUUGAGCUUGGCCUCACGCGCCAGCCUACGAUCUGCCUCAAGUAGCCCAUCGCAGAGCUCUUCCAGCUGCUCUAGAUCUUUGCAGCUGGACUCCAAAAUCCCUGCAUCAACGCCGUCCAUGCCGAGUAGCGCCCGGUACGCUUCCUCGGCAGCGCACAGCCUCGACGACAGCUGCAAACACCUCUGCCUUAGGCUCUCCACGCGGUCGUCACGGCCUAUCAAUGUGUGGGCUGCUGCAGCCCACCUUAGCUCCGCCGCGAUCCUGAUUGAUAAUUCGCGCUGAGUCGGCAUCUCACGAAGCUGUCGAAUCCGAUAAACAACAAAAAAUCCUAUCAGUGCGGUUGCCAACAACAAAAAAAAUUAAUGUUAACUAACACGGUUAACCAACAAAAUAUUAUUAAUACAAACAAAACACUAUUAAUUAAUCAAUUAAAUACUAAUCCAACCCAUGAAUAUCAAAACGCAAACAAAAAAAAAAAUAUUAAACAAAAGACAACAAAAUAUUUCAAGGGUUGGUUAGGUCGCGCUAUAGUACCCUACAACAACAAUUAAUUCAUUCUAAUCCUACAAUCUACGUGGUCAGCUAGACCAACCGAUCGCAAACCACGCUCUGGUGCCAAACUUUGUAGCGGCCGAGCACGGCGCCCCUCAAACGCAAUGCGAGGCCCAUGAGCGCACGCGAUGGGCGUCCGUUCCACUAGGAGUCGGCGGUACACCGCGUCCUAGUUCGCCGUCAACUAAUAUUAGUGCGAUCGGUUAACCUAGACUGACCUUAACAAUCGGCGAAGCCCCUCGUGGGCAACAAGCGCCGCUGGGAGCCCCUCUGCUACGCCCAGUGGUCCACGGAGUUUAGGUGAUGUGUCUUGUGUUGGUAGUAUGAGUAUCGGUGUAUUGUGGAUCACUCACCCGUCAGCAAAACCCCAAGCACUCCAAGCAACACCACACGAUCACUGCAGUCAAGGCACCAAACACGCCACAAAAAACCGCGCACGCCGCUCAACCACUUCAAAGGUCCGUCUUCGGACCACUCGCGCACCAAAUUCGUGCUGAACAACGUAAUGGCCAAAAUCGCCGCCUCAACGCGUUGUUUCAACAAAAACCUAGACAAUAAUUAGUCAAAGAGAGCACAUGUGCUCUAUAUAUAAUAUAACUGGCAUCGGUGACAUUGUCCUCUGUUAUUUGGCUUCUCGAAGAAGAGACCAGAGAGGUGACAGAUGGAUGGAUGAGGUUGUAUAUCCUCAUACCCUCGGGAGAGAGGUGGACGAUCACUACGAGGUCUACGGGUUUUUUUGUACGCGUGCGGUACAUAGGAUGAACCUCGUGCACAGGGAGCUCCUGUGCAACGAGGUCGGCUUUUAUUUGCUCUAUACUGAGCUCCUUUGGAAGGCCGCGGACUACCACGCGAAGGACUCUCUUCGCGGAGAGCGUAGGUAUGGUACCCUAUUCCGUUCCGUUUUUCCACACACCACGCAAACGCGGCGCGAUUGUUUACUCAAGCGGUGACUCAACUCUAUUCUCUGUUGUUGGACUAUUUGGGGCGGAAACGGACGUCGCGAAAGAAGUGAAUUUAUUAAAUUAGUUCGAAAAUCUCGGUGACUCAUAGAAGAUGAGUGACUGGCAAUUAUAAAUGAAUUUAAAACUGAUAUAUUUAAUAGCCUUUUAAACAAUUUUUUGUACAUUUGACAUGAUGACACGUUCCCGAAAUGAUGAUUUCAUGAUUCUAAUAUGGGAUGAACUUAUAAUUUGCUAAUAAUUUAUUUUACAUUUUCGUCGUUUUUUAUAAAAUACAUCACGGGUGACAUUCCAAUAUUCGUCAACUCUUGUUUUGCAAACAACCCCCAUCUCCAGAAUAAUCGCAAAAAGGGCGUACAGCUCAUCUACCGUUGUAUCCACCCAACGGCAGAUGCGGCUUCUGGGACGGAGGCUGUUGUCCUCGAAUUUUUGGGAUGCCACCUGCUGUGCAUUUUUGUUUGUCUCUGACGCUAUGUGCUCCAUGAUCGGCCGGUCCCAUAUUUGACCAAAGAUCGUGUAUGGGUCGGCCGAUGGAGCAGUAGGCCCUACAUUGGUUUGUGUGAAAAUUUCGCGCCUCAAUUCCGGAGGAAUCUGAGGGCCGCGAAAUUCUCUCCACUCAAAUUCGUUAACGUCCCUGGGUAGCUCCGUCAGCUCCACAGGGACGUCCGUUGCAUCAGCCGGUAGAUCGACAACCGCGGCCGCUUCGCCGCGGAGUCGCCGGAAUCAGCGUCCAGUGGGGUCUCAAGUGUACUUUGGUACGCUCGUAGCCCCAUGAUGGCCUCGACGUCAUCACCAUCAUCCUCACUGGAUUCGUCGCUACCUGCGACAAACAAAUUAUAAUUAAAAAUAUGGGUAAGAAAUGAGUCAAAGCGAAGCUUGACUGGACUACAUUAAAAAGUUUGUGAAGGUGAAGGUUCUACUUAUUAGUAGUCAUGGUCAACAACAAUCAACACGUGCAAUCCCAAUUCGUAAACAAAAGAACGAAUUUCUAGUAUUUUUUUUUAUUGUAAUAAGCCGACAGUUGACUUUAUUACGGGCGAGGGCAGUAAAGUGUGCUCGCUUAUUGCCCUUAGUUAGGGGGUCUACUUUGUACUUCUCAAUGAAGAGAUCGUAUUCUUCCAUACGGACUACAUUCGAGACGGAGUGAGUCGCGUAUGAAGCUUUGGACUUUGGGUUGAGCGGGCUUUUUAGCCGCCCUUCGCUUGCCUGGCUUUGGGGCCUUCGGCCUCUUUUCCAUUACACGGUUGUUCAAACGUACGGUGUGUAAGCCGUACGGUUGAAAAAACGUGCUAGCUUGUACAUGAUACGGCAAAAUCACCGCGCGAGACAUUGGUAAGUACUGGCUAGUAGCGCUUUUUACUCGGGCUGUGUAGGACGUGCUGCGUCAUGAAUUUUCUUACGAAAAAAAAGAUUAUAGUUGCUUAUUACAUAUAUAGGAAAAAGAAAAUAGAAAAAAAAAGGGAAGUAAGGUUUUGGAUACAUCCGAUUUUAGAAAAAAGGGAGGAAUAUGGCGCGUUUCAUACACUUGUCAAGAAUCAAUUGAGAGAAGAUGAAGACAAGUUUUACAAUUAUUUUAGAAUGCAGAAAACUACAUUCGACAACUUGCUCCAAAAAUUAUCCCAGGAACUAAAACAUCAAGAUACUUUUAUGCGAGAGAGUAUAUCGCCCGCAGAAAGAUUGGCUGUAACUCUGAGGUAUCUAGCAACAGGAGAUACCUUUACUGACCUAUACUACAGCUAUAGAAUUGGAAUAAAAACCAUAAGUUGCAUCGUACAAGACUGGCUACACAUUGCAAGCAAAUUUCAAGAAUCUUCCAACUUCCCGCUGUGCUUAGGAGCGGUCGAUGGAAAACACAUCAGACUUAUUAAGCCAAUUGAUAGUGGCUCGAUGUUUUUAAAUUACAAACAUUUUUUUUCUAUAGUUUUGAUGGCAGUAGUAGAUAGCGAUUACAACUUUAUAUUUGUUGACGUUGGCGCCUACGGAAAGGAGUGUGAUUCCAGUGUGUUUAAAGAGACCCCAUUUUGGAAAAAUUUAACAAACAACGGAUUAAAUCUACCCGAUGCAACACGUUUGCCUGGAAUUGACUACGAUUUGCCAUAUGUGUUCAUUGCGGACGAAGCCUUUGCUUUGCAUUAUCACUUGCUUCGUCCAUUUGGUGGUCAUCAGCUUGAUCAAUUAAAACGUACAUUUAACUACAGACUCACCAGAGCGCGAAGAUUUGUUGAAUGUGCGUUUGGCAUUUUAUCCAAUAAAUGGCGAAUUUUUCACCGGCCAAUGAAUGUGUCCAUCGAUUUGGCAGUUGAUAUUGUGAAAACAUGUUGUGUUUUGCAAAAUUUUAUACAUAAGCAGGAAAACUUUCAGUUUCACAAUGCGAGUGAAAAUGAGUCCACCCUUGAUUCAGAAUCGGAACUAAUCCAGUUACCUAUCACGAAUGCAGUUCGCGGAAGUUUGGCGGCUAAUGAAGUUCGCAACAGAUUUGCACAAUAUUUUGUAUCUAACGAAGGUCGCCUCUCCUAUCAAAACAACUAUGCAUAAGUAAAAAGUUAAUAAUUAAAUAUCUGUAACUUACCAAA